CCUCCUUUAAAGCGUUGACUCGUAAGAAAUAGAAAAACUCAGAGACAACAUUUUUCUGUUCAAGCGAUUUUUAUCAAAUGAGGGAAGUUUAAGACGGGGCUCACUCUACUUUCUGUAGUACCAAGGUUUAUUUUGAUAGAAACGUGAGAGUGAAAGUGAGCUCACUCGGUCCGACGACUGUUGUUUCUGUUAACACGUGGAUUCAUUCCCACCCAGGAAACGGCCUUUUUAAUGUAAUUUCUUUUUUACAAAGCUGCUGAAGUUAACGACAAAACGAGAAAAAAGUAAGAAGAGAAUAUGGACUACCUGCCAGAAAACAACUCCAGGUACAAAGACGUCGCCUACUGGGAUGAAAGAUACACGACGGAGCAGUGCUAUGACUGGUUGGGGGGUUUCUCCAAAUUCCAGCACAUUCUGAAAAAAUUUGUAAAGAAAGAGGACUCUAUAUUGAUACUGGGUUGCGGAAACAGUAGUAUGAGCGGUGACAUGUACAGCGCUGGCUAUCAUACUAUCGCCAACAUAGAUUAUUCAUCUGUGUGCAUCAGGACAAUGAGCGCCAGGUACAGUCACUGCCCAGGUAUGACAUGGCAUCAGAUGGACGUGCGUCAGCUCUCCUUCCCGGAUUCCUCCUUUGAUGUCAUACUAGAGAAGGCCACCCUGGAUGCCAUCAUGGUGAAUGAGAAAACGCCUUGGGAGGUUUCACCUCAAACUGCUUGUUCCAUCCACCAAGCACUCACAGAGAUCAGCCGCUGCCUGAAACGUGGAGGUCGGUUUGUCUCCGUUACCUUCGCCCAGCCUUUUUUCAGGAAACGGCUCUAUGCCCGUACGGAAUAUAAAUGGUCCAUCAAACAUCAAAGUUAUGGAGAAGGCUUUGAAUAUUUUGUGUAUGUCAUGACCAAAGGGGAGAAGCUCAGCUCGGAAGAUGCAGCUCUGGAGAAAAAGCUGCUGCAGGAUACCGAAUCUCCACCACCCAGGAUUACUACAAUAACAAAUGAUGAUAAGGAAGACUUCCUGUCUAAUAUUGACCUGUAGGGUGACUCUGAUAUAUAGGAUUGCCUUAAUAAGUAAUCUUUAUAUUGUGAUUUUUUGCAACGGGAAACUGUUAACCAAAUUUCUGCCUUACUGUUUUUAUGUAUUUAUCAAGAAUUUGUAAGGAGUAUGUUAGAGUGGAUUGUUAAAUGUUUGUCAUUUUUAUGCUUGCCAUCCAUUUCUACAUUGUUUUAACUGUGGGAUGAAAGCAAUUCCACAGUCCCCCUCCUCAGAUUCUUGAGUUUUUGGGUGAGGGGCUGUAGGUUUGAUUACAGACACAUCCUAUCUGGAAGGUCUGUUUGAUGUAAGCUUCCUGCCCAGCAGGAGGUCUCUCUCUCUCACACACACACACACACACACACACACACACACACACACACACACACACACACACACACACACACACACACACACACACACACACAUAUACAUACAGUGCCUCAUCUUUGUAACCAAGGGGGGUUAAGAGGGGAGGUACGUGUUGUAAACUAUUGUGUGAACUGUAACAGUUUGUCAAUAAAUAGCUGCGAGGGAAGCUGCUCUUAGAAGGACUUUGGGCUGGAGACAGGUUAGGAGCGUGAGCUCCAAGAGCUGGUUCUUGACCAAAGGCCUCCCUUGCGCAAGUAAUCGAUCGAACGCUGUUGCCUUGUUUUCUUUCAUGAUGAAUAAGUCUCUAGAACUAGCGGGGUUUGUGGGAACAGACCCAACAGAGUAACUAUUUUAUACUGUUUGACGUACUAGAUAUUAGUUUUAAAGUCUAAUUUUAUCAAGAUACCAAUACAUAUUUGGAUAAAUGUUCUGCAUAUGUAAUUAAGAUGUUUUAAAGAUAAGAGAACUGCUGUAUAAAUGGAAAUUGAAAUCCAUAUUUUAUCUAAAUGUUUGAGACAAAAUCCUGCAU